UUCACAGUGGGUUGAGUGAAGCGGCUGGGCGGCUCUCCGGGUAGCGGCAGGUUCCCGUCCGCUGUGGGCGGCCAUGGCGGCAGCCGCCGAGCUGCAGGGGAAGUACCAGAAGCUGGCGCAGGAGUAUUCGAAGCUUCGGGCUCAGAAUCAAGUACUAAAAAAGGGUGUUGUGGAUGAACAGGCAAAUUCAGCAUCGCUGAAGGAACAACUGAAAAUGAAGGACCAGUCGCUCAGAAAACUGCAACAGGAAAUGGACAGUUUGACCUUCCGCAAUCAACAGCUAGCCAAGAGGGUGGAGCUGCUUCAGGAUGAGCUGACGUUAAGUGAAUUGAAAGGCAAGAACAAGAAGAAAAGUGGCGAACCUGCACCACAGUUGAGUCAAGAACAGAAGAAUGUAUUUGAUGAAGAUCUUCAGAAAAAGAUAGAAGAGAAUGAAAGACUGCAUAUUCAGUUCUUUGAGGCAGAUGAGCAACACAAGCGCUUGGAAUCCGAGUUGAGGAGCAGGCUUGAGGUCUUGGAGAUGGAGGCUACACAGCACCAAGCCGUGGUGGAUGGCUUAACUCGGAAGUACAUGGAGACCAUAGAAAAACUGCAGAGUGAUAAAGCCAAGUUAGAAAUUAAAUCCCAGACCCUAGAGAGGGAAGCCAAGGACUGCAGGGUUCGAACAGAGGAAUGCCAGCAGCAGUUAAAGAACCUUCAUACUGAUUUGGGUAGCAGGUUGGAGGACUCUUUACACCUCAUCAGUGAAAAAGUACCUUUCAAUGAUUCAAAGUCUAGCCAGUAUAAUGCCCUGAAUGUGCCAGUACACAAUAGACGACGGCAGUUAAAGCUGCGUGACCUUGCUGGCCAGGCACUGGUUUUUGUUCAAGAUCUGGUAACAGCUCUUCUGAAUUUCCACACCUACACUGAGCAGCGAGUCCAGAUUUUUCCUGUAGAUUCUGCCACAGACACUAUAUCGCCAUUAAAUCAGAAGUUCUCCCAGUAUCUUCAUGAAAAUGCAUCUUACGUUCGCCCUCUAGAGGAAGGAAUGUUGCACUUGUUUGAGAGCAUCACAGAGGACACUGUCACAGUGCUGGAAACAACUGUGAAAUUGAAAUCCUUUUCUGACUACUUAACAUCUUAUGUCUGCUUUCUCAGGAAGAUUCUUCCUUACCAGUGGAAAAGUUUGGAAGAAGAGUGUGAAUCUUCUCUUUGCACAGCUGCGUUGAGAGCCAGGAAUAUGGAGCUCCAAAACGACAUGAAGAAGCUGACCGCAGUCUUUGAGAAGCUGAACACUUACAUUAGUCUCCUUGCCUUACCAAGCACAAAACCAGACAGGUUGCUUCGGACAAACUUCAGCUCAGUAUUCACACAUGUUGCUUCUGCUCUUCACGGGUUUCAUGAUGUCAUGAAAGAUAUUUCCAAGCAUUACAGUCAUAAAGCUGCCUUGGAGCGUGAGCUCCCCACAGCCACACAGAAGCUCAUCACCACCAAUGACUGCAUCUUAUCCUCUGUGGUAGCAUUAACAAGUGGAGCAGGCAAGGUUGCUUCAUUCUUCAGCAACCAUUUAGACUACUUCACUGUGUCGCUGAGCUAUGGGCCUAAGGGAGGAAUGGAGUUUAUCAAUCCCCUCUCGGCCGAGUGCAUGCUUCAGUACAAGAAGAAAGCGGCUGCCUACAUGAAACUGCUCAAGAAGCCGUGUUCCGAUUCAGUGCCUUAUGAAGAGGCCUUGGCCAACCGCAGAGUUCUUCUGAGUUCCACGGAGAGCAGAGAAGGCCUUGCACAGCAGGUCCAGCAGAGUUUGGAGAAGAUUGCAAAAUUGGAGCAGGAAAAAGAACACUGGAUGCUGGAAGCCCAGUUGGCCAAAAUUAGGCUGGAGAAGGACAAUAAGAGGGUAACAGACAAGCUCAAGAAUUCUGUUGACAGCCAGCUGAUUGAGACAACCCAGGAAAGUCCCGUCUUGCUGAAUGCAGUUGAACAGGAGAAGGAAGAUGCUACAGAGAAGCUUUUGAGGGAACCAGUUAAAAGCACAAGUCUGGUUGGAAUGCUGACAAUGACCACUGGCAAUAAAAAGGUUCCAGAAGCCGAUACCCGGGAAGACUUGAUAAAGAACCACUAUAUGGCAAGGAUAGUGGAACUUACAUCGCAACUGCAGCUGGCUGACAGCAAGUCUGUACACUUUCAUGCAGAGUGCCGAGCCCUUGCAAAACGACUCACUCUAGCUGAGAAAUCUAAAGAAUCUUUUUCAGAAGAAAUGAGACUAGCUAGACAGAGCAUUACCAGGCUACAGGAUGAAUUGACAACAACCAAGAGAAGUUAUGAAGAUCAGUUAAGUAUGAUGAGCGACCAUCUUUGCAGUAUGACUGAAACCUUGUCCAAACAACGAGAAGAAAUAGAUACACUAAAGCUGACUAGUAAGGGCAAUUCCAAGAAGAACAAGAGUCGAUAGUAUUGGCCAGCUGGUACGAGCACACUCAAAUUUUGCUGCUGCACAGAAACUUGGGUGCUGGAACUGGUAUUCAGUUGGCGGAUUGUCCCUUGACUGGACGUGGCUAUAGUGCUGGGCUUAGCCAUUUUGUGAUAUAGCAUUGUAUUUGGAUAUGAAACCACACUGAAUUUGGUAGCCAAUGAAAUACAAACUGAACAUAGAGUGGUCAGUAAAACAGCUGGAAAAUGUGCACUUGAUGGAUAACUUGCAUAGGAAUUAACCAUGACUUUUUACCAUGUAUUUGUAACUACUUAUUUCCACAUGCAGACUUCUAAGGCUUUGUAUAUUUGAGUGCAUAUUUAGAUGAACAGAUCUGGCAUCCAUGCAGUAGUUGUCUCUUGGCCUGAGAAGUUGUCCUUUUUACCUGUCCAUUCCCUUCUGUGAGUAAACAAGACAAAAACACACACAACCAGAGCUAUCAAUGUGUUCAGCCAUGUCAGCUGUGCAGUAAUUGUAAAAUGUACUACUGAUUCCAGUCUUCUCUUCUAGAUUAGCUUAGUUGAUUGCCGGAGAGAGGCAGUCUCCAUACAUUUAUCCUGAACCAUUCAGUGUGGCUGUGACUAAUGCAAAUUCACAUUAACUGUAAUUAGCAAUUAAAAGUGUACAGUUGUAGUCUUUUGAAAUCAAGUGCAGAAAGUGGGCCAAAGGAAGAGUUCACAUAAAAUUGUGUGGAAGAGCAACAUUUUGUCUAUUUUUGUGUUACUUUUCAUCCAAAUCUGCUGAUAGAGAAAUGGCUGGCAACAGCUAGAGCAAGAUGCAAGUAGUGGGGGAAAUGCUGGAAACAAUUUUAAAAAAAAUCUUUUUAUGUGAUAAGAGCGGGAUGGUGUGCAGGAUGGAUCAUCAAUUCUCUGUUUAAAAAAUGAAGGUUGGUGUAUUAAAGCAGGCAAUGAAAUCAUGAAUUAGCAAAAAAGACUGUGCGUGUGAGGCUGGUUCAGAUUUGAUGGGCCCACAAGCAGUGGGGGUUUAGCACUGGACUGUGGCGGGCCUGUGCGCAACUUCACUUGCCCCCAUCUAUCGAUGUAUGUACAGUUUGCCUAGUCUGCACAAUCCUGUCUCUCCCCCCACCCCCGGUUAGGGUUGGGGUGGAGAUUCACCCGCAUUCACCAGGGUUUCAUGUUUCCUUAUGUGGCAAUGUUUGCACUUCAGAAAUCUGGCAAUGUGUCCUAUUUGGGGUCUGUCGAAAUCUGAACCAGUCCUCUAUUGAAAAAUUGGGUGGUGUCUUACUUUGGAAUUGCCCAGUUGACUAUUAAUGUCCUUAAACUUAUUCUUGUUCUUGUUUGUGGGGAAACUUGUUCACACUAACCUAAGGUCUUCUCAGGACAAUAGUCCAUGGGCUUCUCCACCACUAAUUCAGAAGAAGUUCUGCUGCUGAAUAUUUCAUGCUGGACACUUCUGUUGCCCCAUUAUGGAUAACAAUUGUCCUGCAUUCAAGGGUUCCUCCACUGUAUCAACCAUGUCAGUGUGUAUUAUGACUACAGAAUAAAUAUACUGCCAAGCUGAA